CCGGAUGUUGUGUGUCAGUGUAUUAACGGCCCCGCUGGAAUAAACACACGCUGAGAAAUAGCUCCGUGCCUGCCUACUUUAUGGGCUAUAAAUAAACCUAUGGAUAAAGGAGACAUAUAUAACAGUCUCCUUUUCAGACAACUGUUAGUGUGUUGGCGGGUCUAGCGGUGCUCAUAUCGGUGUUGAAGACGAUCAGCUGGAAGAGAAGGAUCGCCUCAGAGGUCAUUGACUUGAGGGUCAUUUUGACAUUUAUUUUGUUUUACGCUGGAGAUCUGGCCAAUGUUUUCCUCACCGUCUCUGUGGGAACGUCAUUCUACUGGCUCAUGCUGUGCAAGGCCCAAAAGCGAGUGCCUGUGAUGUUUCCGCUUCCAGAUCAAGAGGAGCACUUGGUGAAGUACAUCAUUUGUGCCUUUGCUCUCAAGGCGGUCCAGUUCCUCCACAAGCUGUCCAUCCAGUUAUCCGUUGAUGUCUUCUUUCUUGACUGGGAGAGACCACGGACCACAGCGAAAAAGACUUUGUCAGCCAAUGGUGAGCAGAAACAUGAUAUCUCCCCUGUCAGCAUCUGGAGGACAUACUUUGUGGCCAACGAGUGGAAAGAGAUCCAAACCCUCCGGAAGAUUUGGCCGACGUUUCAGAUCAUGGCUGUGCUCUUCUGCCUUGAAGGGUUGGGUUUCUCUGAAUACACGUUAAAGGACCGCACAACUUCAUACAGCCAGAUCUUGCGUUAUGGCCUUGCAACAACACUCUGGCUUUGCAUUGGAUUUCUGCAGAUCAUUUUGUCGGUCUUCUACGAGAUUUGUGUGGACGAUAAAAUCCGCCAGUUUGUAGAUCUCUGCUCCAUCAGCAAUAUUUCAGUACUGCUGUUAUCUCACCGUUGUUUUGGUUACUACAUCCAUGGACGUUCAGUGCAUGGCCACGCUGAUACAAACAUGGAGGAAAUGAACAACAACCUGAGGAGAGAAGCGGAGACAAGGUGUGGUCAAAGAGGUCUUCUACCCAACACAGACAUCCAGACGUUUCAGGUGGCCCUUUCCACACAGCUGCGAUCCCAUUAUGACAGGAUACAGGAGUCCUUCAUUACGCGGUACAGACCAUCACGACUAAUGGACCCGAACUCUGCCAAUCAGCCAGAUCAAAACAUCCGGGCUUACCAUGCCAUGAACCACUUCCUUGGAUCCGUUAUAGAUCAUGCCCAUCCUGACGUGGACUACUAUGUGAGGGACAAACUGACCUUAGAGAGGAUCAUGGGCAUGGAGUUUCUUGAACCAAAGGACAAGAGCAUCUUUUAUAAUGAUGAAGCCCACACCUUCAGUAAUGUGCUCUUCUACGGACAUGAGGGCACCCUGCUGAUUUUUGACACGUUGUUCUUUUGCAUCAUUGAUCUUGCAUCUCAGAACUUUGUACUUGCAGCCGUGCUGACGUACAUGGAGCAAGUGAUCUUUAAAAAGAUCCGAGUUGGUCUCGGGAAGAAGAACCUGGUCUUCAAAAGUCAAGUGGAUGAGAGGUUUUUUACAUAAUUAAUAGGGUAAUAACUCAUAACUAUAAAAGGUCAGUGUUUUUCAUAUUUGUGCUGCUUCCCUUUUUAGACAGUACAGCUUGGAUUUCAAUUUGUUUACUGUAAUGUUAUGUGUAAAACAUGACU